AAACUAGCCAUAUCAUGGAUGAGAGGGAAGAGUGGGCGUGGAAACCAACAUUGAGAGUGAAGAGUUGAGCCGCGAAAUGGCUUGCAUUUCAAAUCUAACAAGCACUCUGCCACUGCAAAUCCGCAAGUUCCGAGUUCCACUUUCCUGUUAUUCUCGUUCGCUAUCCACUCUCCAAUGCUCUCUCGCCGAAGACGUGGACCCCACCAAAACCCCGAAUUCCUAUUUCCCGAAGCGCGGGCAAACCCUGGAACUGGUGUGCGAAUCCCUGGCUUUCAAAGGAAAGGGCCUCUGCAAGGUCACCCAAACCGGCUUCGUCGUCCUCUGCGACCGUGCCCUUCCCGGCGAACACUUCAUCGGCCGUGUCACCCGCAAAAAGGGCAAUUACGCCGAGGUUACUAAGGUUAAGACCCUAACUCCUCCACGUGACAUCGUUGAUGCUCCCUGUGUCUAUGCUCCUUACUGUGGCGGAUGCAAGACGCAAAACUUGUCUUACGAGGCUCAGCUCCGAGCCAAGGAGGAGCAGGUUCGUGACUUGUUGGUUCACGUUGGAAGGUUUUCUUCCAAAGAACUCCAAUUGGACGCCAUUGUGAAGCCUAUUGUCCCUUGUGAUAUUCAGUUUCAUUAUAGGAAUAAGAUGGAAUUCUCGUUUGGACCCCAUAGAUGGUUACCUAAAGAGUUGUUGCAUGAACGAGGUGGGGAUGGUGGGAAUGAAAAUUAUGCACUGGGAUUGCAUGCUCCUGGUUUUUUUGAUAAAAUUCUAAAUGUUGAUAAGUGCUUACUGCAAUCUGAUCCUGCUAAUAAGGCACUGGGCGCUAUCCAAGAAUGUUGGAGAGAUCCACAACUCGGUUUUUCUCCCUAUAAUGUUCAUUCACACUUGGGAUUUCUUAAGCAUUUGAUGCUGAGAACAGGAAGGGAUGUAACAACUGGUCUGCCUGAAAUUAUGGUCAACUUUGUGACCUCUUCCUACAAGCCAGACCUGUUGAAGUUCCUAGUUGAUAAAAUUUCUGCAUUUCCUGAAGUGGUAAGCGUCAUUAAUAAUGUAAAUACUUCUGUUGGUAACACAUCUGUUGGGGAGGAAGAAUAUACAUUGUAUGGGAAAUCUAGCAUAACAGAGACCUUAAGGGGGCUUACAUUCCAAAUAUCAGCAAACUCUUUCUUUCAGACAAAUACUUAUCAGGCAGAAGUUUUAUAUAAGCUUAUAGAAGAUUGUGCUGGAGUCAGUGGCGAUGGCUCAGAAAUUGUCCUUGACCUGUUUUGUGGAACAGGGACCAUAGGUUUGACACUUGCAAGAAGGGUAGGACAUGUUUAUGGCUAUGAAGUAGUUCCUCAAGCCAUUGCAGAUGCUCGUCUUAAUGCCAAGAUAAAUGGCAUACAAAAUGCAACAUUUAUCCAGGGGGAUCUCAAUAAAAUUGAUGAGAAUUUUGGGAAGAAUUUUCCUAAACCGGACAUUGUUAUUUCAGAUCCCAACCGCCCAGGAAUGCACAUGAAGUUGAUUAAAUUCCUGCUAAAUCUUAGGGCACCUCGCAUAGUUUAUGUAUCAUGUAAUCCUGCCACAUGUGCACGUGACCUUGAUUAUCUCUGUAAUGGUGUGGCAGAACAGAAUAUAAAAGGAUGUUACAAGCUAGUAGGCCUACAGCCAGUUGACAUGUUCCCUCACACACCUCAUAUUGAGUGUGUCUGCCUUCUGGAGCUUCAUUAAUCUGUGACAAUCAAAACUUACCAUUUCAAGGGGAUAUAACAAGAUAUAAGUCAAGGUUGGGUCUUCGGUGCUAGAUUGGGAAAUUCAUACUCUUUUGCUGCAAGGUCUGACUAAUGGUUUACCUGCCCAAGACUAUGCUGCAUGAGGGUACCCCAAAAGAUUGGAUUCAUGCUUAGCAACCUGCAAAAUAUGGAUCUCACUUCAUAUGACGAAUCUGCCAUGAAAUAGGUCAUACGCUACACUUGUCAGAUCCUCGCAUACUUGAGGGGGAGGUGCUAGUCCAUCAUGAAAUAUUAGAUGUAAACCAGAUGAAUAAACAGUAUUCAGUUUGCAUACAAAUAGACCAUAUUCUGUCCUCUGUCUCUUGGUCUUGACUAUGCUUUCUAGCAAUUUUAAAUGUUUUUUUUUCUCUUUGGGGGUCCUGAACUGUGUAUUUGUACUGUUAUGCCGGGCCUGAUUUUCCAUGAGAUCAAAGCGGCACUAGCUUAAGCUGAAAGCAGGUAUGAAAUCUUGCUGGUACAGAGUAAUUUGUAUGCUUAGCAACACCUGUAUAUUUCACAAUACGCAAAUCAAUUUAUUUAUUUUUAC